AUGAAACUGCUCCUGCUCGCACUCGUCGCGGCGCGAGCCAAGAGGACGGCCAAAACCUGCCGCCACCACAGACGCCUCGAGGACCUCGCGGACGCGCCGACGUUCAACGCGUCGACAGCGCUCGACGCCGCCGAGCCGCCGGUCGCCGCCGAGCCGCCGGUCGCCGCCAACGCGAGUGUCGCCCUCCUCUCCGUCGGCCAGCCCCGCGGAGUCGUAGAGCACCCGGUCAUCGUCCGCCAGUUCCGGCUCAUGCGGAGCGGACUGCCUCCGCAUGAUUUAUUUCUGACGCUCGUGGGUGAUGGCACGCUCCGCAAACCGACGCACCGCACGGCGAAGCAGCUCAAGAGUCUCUACGGCGCGCGGGGCGUCGAGAUCCUCCCAAAAGAUGCGCCGCGGCCGUGCUUCGGGAAGACGCGUAUGGAUCACGACAGCGCUCGCCGGUUUGUGGCCAUGGUGAUGCACUUCCGCGCGGGCUACCGGCUCGUAGAAAAGUACGAGCGGCGGCGCGGGACGCGUUACGACGUCGUCGUCAAAGUACGUCCGGAUUUGAUUUACUUCGCCCCGUUCCCCGACAUCGCGGCGGUGGCGGCGCGGGCCGUGGCGCACGGCGUGAUGACGCGGACGGGGCGGUUCCAACCUGUGUGGAAAUGAUUAGUGAGGUUAUGCGGCGAGCAGGCGUGGGCCGUCCGAAAUUUGAUUUCCGCACAGGUUCCAGCGCCUGAACGACCACAUCUAUGUUUGCCGACGGGAGGCGUGCGGCUCGUACUUCGAGCACCUCCCGGGGCUGUGGGACGCGUGCGACGCCGCCGUGCGACGGUUCGCCUUUCCUCCCCAGAAGUACCUGUUCCCGGACGGCGCAGAAACGGAGAACGCGCUGCUCGACGUGGCCUACACGCUCGUGCGCCCGGGGCCCUGCGUCGAGUGCCACCGCGUCGGUGGCUGCGACGCCGCCGGGCAGGGCUGCCGCACGAAGGCCCUCCUCCCUUAUAGAACAACGUGCCACCGGCUCGCCGCCGAGAUAGAUAAUACUAGGUCUUAG